UGCCGGGCCAGCGACCGCGCGGGCAUCCAUGUGGCUGCUGACCUCGCUCCUGUGCCUGUCGCUCCUCCCGGCACAUGGCUACCAAAAAGAAAUAGUUGGCAUCAUGGGAGAAAAUUUUACUUUUCCAGUACAAAUAGACCAAAAAAUAGUGGAAAUUGUCUGGAAGAAAAACAAGCAUAAAGUGGCUGAAUGGGAAGAUCAAAACAAACCGAUAUAUUAUGGUCGUCUUAGCAGCAGGAGUGUACUUAUGAAGAAUGGAUCCUUGACUAUAGUUAACUUGGAGAAGGAUGAUGCUGGCAUAUAUGAGUUAGUGUACUGGGAUUCUGUGAAAGAACACAGCUUAAACUUUGAACUUGUUGUGUUAGAUUCUCUUCCAAAACCUGAAAUAAAUUGCAGCACCAGUGAUGAUGAACUUGUAUUAAACUGUACAGCAAAUUUUCAGGCAUCUCUGAAUUACACUUGGAAGCUUGGUAACAAUCCACACAGAUAUCAGAACCAGGAGCUUUCCAUCCCGUUGAAGAAUGUUGAUAUUACCACCAACGCUACAUGUAUCAUUAAAUAUUCACAAACAGAAAGGAGCUCUGAAAUCUCUUUGAUUCAAUGCCUUCCAGAAGAAAAAGGAUACAGUUCUUACAUACGACAUAGAGUUAUUCUUAUUUGCUUCCUUAUUACGCCUGUUAUCCUAUUGGUAAUCCUAGAACUCCUGCGCAGGAAAGGUAUAAUUAAACUUGGAAGAAAGACUGCUCAGAAUAAUAGUCCACUGAAUGGUUCAGGAGAGCAUGAGCAACUUUACCCUGGGAACAGCCAACAACAAUCUAACUCAGAGAGAGCUGCAUUUUCACACACUGUUCAUGAUGAUAAUGAAGAGCCUGAAGCAGACAGAGCAUUGAAUGGGAAUGACGGGGCCCCGAAAGACAAGCAGAUAGUUAAGAAUGGUGUAAGUCAGGAAGAAGUGACCCAGGAUGCAGAAGGUGAAAAUGGGGGGCACCCAGACAACUCCUCCAACUGCACUAAAGAUCUUAAAGCAUAAGCAAAUAAUUGCUUUCUUGCCCAAACAAACAUGGAAGAGAAACAGGAGAAUUCAGUGAUGAAGGAGGUGCUACCUUUUCCCUUCCACAAGCAAUGAAAUUGUCAGAGGUUCAUCAAGAAGCCCUUUGAAGACAGGCUGAACUGUUUCCAGUGCCUAUUUUUCUUUCCUCAGGAAAAACAGCUUCAUUUUCUAGUGCUACUAUGUGAAGACAAAUAGGCCAAAUCAUGUACAAAAUCUUUUUAAUUGUUUUGUAUAUGGUUUUUUGUAUAGGGGUUUUUUUUUACUAACACACUAAAGCCUCUUUGUAGUUAACAUUUAGAGAUUUACAAAGUUUUAUAUAUUUGCAUGAAUGUGAACAAAUCAAAAACUGAUCCGCUUUCACUUUUUUAUCAGUACCUUUUUACAGUCAGAAAAAAACUUCAUCCUUCAGCAGGCCCAGAUGAGUGGAAGUUUGCAUUUUCUAGUCUUGGUUCUAGACAAAGCUAUGUCUUAGAUUUGCCAGAUGCCUGGCAAAUGGAUCAUCUCCUGACAGUGGUUCAUUCUGUGAUAAAACUACACUUCAGCUUGUUGUUGCUCUGUAACUAAGCUGUUAUUAUCAGCAGAUUCGGGCUUUUCCUAAAACUUUUUAUAUUUUUUAAACUUUUAGGACUUCUUAAGCCUUUGCUCUUAAUAUUUUUUGAAGAAUGUUAUCUCACUUCUACUCAUUCCUAGGAAAUAAUAGUAUGUUUUUAAGUUGCUUGAGACUAGAACAAAAACUUGAAAACUGAAGUAGUGUAUAUAAUGAACUUUUAAAAGAAUCAAAAAGAAAACCACCAUGCAUUACUGUUUUCAGAACAUCAAGCUAUGGAGUGCUUUUCAUUAUGUUUACAUGCUGACUGUUUAUGAAAGUUGAAAGCCAGUUUAGUUCAUUUUGAACAUGGCUUGUGUAAAGAAUCAUGAAGGUUUGACACUGGUAACUGAAGAUCAGAAGACACUGGUAACCUUCAGCUUUCCCUUUGUUUUGACUUUUGCCCUUUCCACUCCCACAAUUUCUUCUUCUAUUUGCAGCUGUACUGCAUGAGUGUGCAACUUGUAUACUUUACACUGUGCAAAUGUUCAAAAGUCACUUUUGAUAGGACUAGACCUUUUAUGUCUACUUCUCUCUGUAAAUAUUUGUAAUUUAUUUAAAAAAAUUCAAGAUGUAAAAAACUUUGUCAUGUCUUUUUGUAACAUAUACAUGCAUUUUUUAAUUUAAUCUUAAAAGUUACUAACUGAUCCCCAAAAUAAUCUUAACCAAAGUGAUGUAUUUUAUACGGGUUUUUUAUUUGUUUGUUUGGUUGCUGUGUUUUGGGGGGGGUCAGUAUUCCUGACCCAAAUGUCCUUUUCUGUUCCACUUUCAAUAAAUUUAUCAGGAUAAUGCUGUCUGCUUGUUAAUAACUUUUUAACAAGUCUCCACACAAAGAUACCCUUUGUUGUGGUUAUCAUGGUAAAAGUAAACCUGUAGCUUGUUUGCCUGCUUAGGCAAAGUCUUAUUUAUUGUUAUUAAUGUGAGAAAUAAUAGUAAAAAAAUUAUUGGUGAAACUGGCUGAAACUACUCCCAGAAACUAUACCACUUUGUGUCAUGGUCUCCAUUCAUCCCAUGCAAUUUCAUACUAAGCAACACAGAAGAGUCUCAUAUAGUGUGGUUUUGAAAAUUCUUUGGCUCCUGGUUAUAACUGACAUUGUUUCCAAAGCAAGAAGCAACAGCCUUCAAAAAUAGUAAGCAGUUGUGGUUAAUUAACCUCAGUUGCUGGAAGUCUUCAGAAUAGUUUGUGGGAUUUUGGAGCUUGAUCAGAAGUAGAAAAACCCAUUUACAUGGGAGGCUGACAUAAGACCAAGAACUACAAGCUUGACAGUCUCUCACUACCAGCUUUCACCCUUUUACCUUGCACAGGUUCUUCUGUGCAUGAGGAACUUCUGGUAGAACUGCAAACUGCAGUUUUCAAAGCAACAGUGAAGCUUUUUGGUUUUUUAAUUGGUAUUGUUGUUUCUUUGGGUUUUAUGAGGGGUAGAUUUUGGGUUUUCUUUUCCUAUAAGGAUGUGAAGUCAGACAUUUGGGAGAAUAAAUUCACCUCACUUCCUGCUGGUUUUGGUGACAGUAUUUGCAGUGCCAUCCCCUGUGUCCUUCUCCUCAAAUGUCUCCUCAGUAACUAAACAAGAAUAAACUUUG